GAAAAAAAAAAAAAAGAAGCGAAGAAGUGAACUUAGUUGCUGUGAGGAAGAUGCUGGUUAUAAAAUAACAUCUGUAAGUAAACCGGGCUGUAAAGUGUUAAAACGGCGUGUUAAUACACCACUAAUAUCUAAUUCGCUACGUUAAUAGUUAAAGUUUGACUUACUGUCGGCUUCCGUUGUCUGGAUUGAUCGGAUUUAGCUCAGCAGCGACGUUAGCUUCGUGUUAGCCACACGGAAGCUAACCCAGUUUGAUAAAGCUAACAGGCUGUCUGGUGUCGUCCAGGCGGUGACUGACUGACAGAUGCCUUCAUCAUGAUGCUGAGCUGCAGCGCUCUGGUCGUCGCCCUCCUGCUGUCCCAGGUCCGAGGCUUCCUGGGCCCCUCGGAGGACGACGACAACAACGUCCCCGAAGAGUGGGUGCUGCUUCACGUGGUCCAGGGCCACAUCGGGGCCGGGAACUACAGCUACCUGCGCCUCAACCACGAUGGCCGAAUCAUCCUGCACAUGCAAAGCCUCAAGGGAGACGCAGACCUCUACGUGUCGGAUAAAACUCUGCGGCCGAGCUUCGACACGUACAAGCUGCAGUCGGUCACCUGCGGCCAGGAUGUGGUGGUGGUGCCGGGGGACUUCGCGAGGCCCGUGGGCAUCGGGAUCUACGGGCACCCGUCUUACAAGGAGAGCGAGUUUGAAAUGCGGGUGUUUUACGAUCAGACGGCUCCCCAGGACCCGUUCGAAAAGGGCUCAUACACUUCAGAAGACGGAUAUAAGCAGAAGAGAUUCCCUCAGGCAGCGGAGGAGGACUUUCAGGAAGAGGAGUCGAUCUUUUGGACAAUUCUGAUCGGACUCUUGAAGAUUAUACUUGAGAUUUUGUUUUGAAAAUGGCUGCUGUGACUGUGGCUCAGUCAGAUAUAUUAACGCACCAAAUCCCAGUGAGAAUUCUGGCAUUUUAACAAUUUCUUUUCCUUGUCAUCAAACAUACAUACUUGAUUUAAAAAAAACAAAAAAAAAAAAACAAA